AUUUUGAAAUUGUCAGUGCUUUUGUGUCCGGAAGUCAUCAGCGUCCAGAGUCAGACUGCAGCGAUGGCAUCCUCUGCAGAUGUACACGUCCGAAUAUGUGAACAAGAAAUCAUCAAGUUUGAUUUAGAAAUAAAGGCUCUCGUUCAGGAUGUCAGUGAAUGCACAGGGCCACAGAGCAAACUGACAGAUUUCAAUUUUCAAGUGAAAGAAAAAUUCAACAAUCUUAGACAACGGAUUCAGGAUCUGGAGCAAAUGGGAAAAGAACAGGACAAAGAGUCUGACAAGCUGACCCUACUCAAUAAAGUAGAAGGACAUCGGAAACAGAUGCUUAGUAAUCAGACGGCUUGGAGGAAGGCCAAUCUCGCCUGUAAACUCUCCAUUGAUAAGCUGGAGAAGGAAGAUUUGUUAAAUUCAGAGGACAUGUCGAUAAGACACAGAAAGAUGACCAAAGAAAGCCUCGCUGAGACCUCCAGUGGCAUAACAGAGAGUCUGAUGAGCAUCAGCCGGAUGAUGGCACAGCAGGUUCAGCAGAGCGAGGAGACCAUGAGCACAUUAGCGACGUCUUCCAGGACCGUGUUGGAAACCCAUGAAGAGUUUAAAGCCAUGACAGGAACGAUACAGCUGGGCAGAAAGCUGAUCAUUAAAUACAAUCGACGGGAACUCACAGACAAGCUGCUUAUUUUCCUCGCUCUCGCGCUCUUCCUGGCAACAGUCUUGUACAUCCUGAAGAAAAGACUUUUUCCUUUCUUUUAAAUACAGACCAAAGUAUGAGCAAUGAAUAUGAUGGAUAAAUGAUCAAAUAAGAGAAAUGCACUUACAAGCCGUAAAAAUGUUUUGCUUUCCUUGUGAAUCAGUUGAUCAUGUCAUGAAAAUACAUA